AUGCCUUCAGAAAAAACCUUCAAACAAAGAAGGACAUUCGGUAGGUGAAAUAACUGCCUGUUUGAUUAACCCAGAGAAGACGUCGACAACUUUACAAGUACUGGACAGCUUUACAUACGAGACAGUAGUGAGUGAAAUGUUCAGACAGCUGCAUUGAAACCAACAUGCUCGUUUUUUGGAUUUUAUGAGGCAGCGAGCAUUGGCCCUCCUCGUAAUAAGCUUACCAACGCGUAUGAAGGUUUUCUUCUGUAAACCACAAGUUUGAGGGGGGAAAAACGACACGGGUCUGUGACAGUCAACUUAUUUGUCGUUGAAAAAGAAACGAAACUGAUAGCGUAGAUAAAAGCUUGUUUAAAGACUAGUUUAGAAUCGGGUUGUGCUCUGCGUGGCCGUCGGUGGAUGAGCGUCUGCGUAUUUUUAUUUCUAGCAGUGGGGACAAAACAAAAUGAUGUCGAAACGCAGAGCAGAGGGUAAAACUGCAGCAGGAUCAGGGAACUGGGCAGUUUAUGAAAGAGAAAAUAUGAGUUAAAAGACAGAAUCGACCCAAUGUAUACCUAAGGGAGAAAAAUGUGGCCUUUUUCCUUUCCCCAGUUUCUUACCUUUUUUUAUUGGUCUCGAUCAUAGCCUACGAAAUAAGCUGUUACACUUACCCAGCUCACAUUGUCAAAUAACUAAUAAGUUUGCCCAACUUUGUCAACCCACUGUGUUUUAAAGGUGACUUCAGAAGUAGUUAAAGGCUUGAAGAAACUGAUUUCCACUUCAAUGUCACGUUAUUGGUCCUAAUUUACACACAAGCGCACGUGAGCGGCCAGACAGCAGAAAGGAAACACAGUGUCGCAUGGGAAGUUUUUUUCCUUUUUUUUCCGGGUACACAUUUGCUGCAAACAGACUGUAGAGGUGUCACAUAUUGACACACACGGGACCUGAGGCUUUUCUGCACGGUGCAUGUUUGCAGUUAUUAGUAACCUGUGUUUUUCUUUGUUGUGUCACUGUUACACACAUCAGGACCAGAAUAUUUGGCAUUUCACUGUGUCCUUUGUCUUCACUAGGCCUGGUUUAGUUAAGACCAAGUUGAAGUCUUAGGUGCCAAACAGUGAGUCAUAUCUCUGUAACAGAUCCUGGCAUGACUUCAGAAACCACAUGGAAUCUCCCAGUUACAUCAUCCCAGAAACUCAUAGAAAAUUUAAAGAGUCAUUAGCUUCCUCUUAUUAUUUGUUCCAGAUUUAUUUGACCAUGACUCACAAACUGAAAGGCCCUCAGCCUGGUCAUGUGAUACAACUGAGUCAGCCCAUCCCAGGAGCAGAGCUCUUUGGGCUGUUUGCCAAAAGACAGAGCUUGCCCCCUGAUUGAUAUGUUGUCAAAGAACAAUAGCCUCAGUUGCUUUGGGGAUAAAAACAAUGACCUCAAAAAGCAAAACAUCUUAUAGUUGGUAAAAUUAAAUGGCCCCAUUAGCCAGUACAAAAUAGUCUUUUUUUGUCAAACAUUUUGUGGUGGCAUGUCACAAGACUGGAUGACAGUAUCCUUCAGUGUAUAUCUGACAUCUGACAAGAGCCUGUGAACUCUUUUUCAUAAUCUAUUUGUGGAAAACCAACACUAAGGUUUAUUUUCACAGGAAAUGUUAAAUGUUUUAUUUUACUUUUAAGUUGAAAGCCCAAAGAAGAUGAUAGUGAUAUUGACUUAUUUAAGUUGACUUCAUUAUUCUGAUGAGACCAGCCAACAGCCGAGUACAAAGUGCAGUAAAGCCAAACUGUCAUAGUUUUCUCCUGUUACAGAUUACUUCAAAUAAAAUCAGACCUCAGAAAAGGGGGCUUUAUUCUUGGUGAUUGAUUGGUAAGUGAUUUACCUGAUCAGUGACUGAAGUGCUGUCUUUUGAAUGUAAGGGGGAAACCACUUUUGAAAAUGUCAAUACUUGGCAAAAAGUCUUUAAUGUGAGUUUUAGUGUGUGUAAACUCAACACACUGGAGUUAUUUCCUAAAACAAAAGUGAACCAUAAUCGAUAAUCAGCUAUUCACAAAUGUGGGUAAAGCAUGAAUGGAUUUUAGAAAAGCCCAUUAUGAUUUCACCAGAGUGCCUGAUUGGGCUAAUCGGUCAGACAACUGCAGCCUUAUCAGAAAGUUUUAAUUCUCUUUCAUAUAAAAUUUCAAAACUCAAUUUGUGAUGUUUUCACCACGUUUGUUAUCAACUUGUUUUGAAAAGCUGUGAUUAGUCAUCCACUCUUAAUGGACUAGACAUUUUUCUAGAUCUAGAUUUUGGUGGACUGUAUGAUAAUAGCAUUGUUAAAACAGAGCUGUUAAACAUGAAAACACGUUGGCUGGUGCUCCUGCUGCUGCAAGCUCACCAAAUGUAUUUGAUUCAAGUUGGAAAAAAAAAACAAAUGAAAAAAUCCCAGCUUGGUUGGGUCAGCAAAGUUUUUUUUCCAAUCUGUGUUUUUUCAUUAACUUAAGCCUAAUGUUUGUUUGUUUUUUGGCCCACAGAUCAGAGAGUAGAAGAUGUGAGACUGAUUCGAGAACAACACCCUAACAAGAUACCUGUGAGUCCCAUCACACAUUCACAUACAACGGUUGCUUAAUAACCAAAGCUUGUGUGCAGUUAUACACUUUGGUGGAAACUACAAGUGCAAAACUGUAUUAUCAUGAUGUGCCGAACAGCAAGCAGGAAGACGAACUGCAGCGGAAACUGUUACCACAUGUUUCCUGAAUGACUUAUGUGAACUCAUAUUUUUCCUCAUGUAAUAUGUUGACACAUUUUUAAACUUUGGACUUUGACUAAGAAAAACUUGGAUGCCUUCAAAGCAUGGAGAAUCCAAACACAUUAAACAUCACAUAAGACAAAGAUAACUAUCCCAAAUAGUAGCUGUCAUUAGUAUUAUAUCAAAACCACUUCAGACAUAGAAGACAAAUAUUCACAGAAGUCCAAAGUGAUUUUUGUAAAUGUCUUCUCAGUCUGAUGCAUGUGUUAAAACUUAUUUAAAGUUGACAAUUCACUGAAUACAGUCACUACAAAAGUUGUUUCAGUCUUCGAGGUGGGUGUGACUGCAUCUCAUCUGCUUAUCAGUCAGAUGUCAGUGAGCCUAAGAAACGACUUAAAAACAAAGCUCAGUGUUUCACCUACUUGUUCCAUUAGUUUUAGAUACAGUGUCGGCACAGUCCUCCAUCUGCUGCCUAGAAAACAAAGCCUCUUCUCAAAUUAAAAGCCUUCAAGUGUGUGUGUGUGUGUGUGUGUGUGUGUGUGUGUGUGUGUGUGUGUGUGUGUGUGUGUGUGUGUGUGUGUGUGUGUGUGUGUGUGUGUGUGUGUGCGCACAUUUUUUUUGUGUGAGCCACUGGGGUUAUUCAAUUCACAGCGAGUGUGGAAACCAAAGGCAGAUGCGCUGUAUCUCUGUAAUAUAACUCCGUGAGCACAGUCACCCUGGGGUGGAGCCUGUGAAGGAAGGGAAAGCAGAAACUGUCCUGCCUCACAAACAUUAUUCCUGCUUUUUCACUAAAUUUUGCACUAGCUAAACUUAAUAAUUAAAUGGUCAUAUUAUUUAGUUUUAUCAUUUUAGAUUUUAGAUUUGACACUUAUUCGUUACAAAUCUUAAAUCUACAAACAUUGGCUGAAAAAGCUUUCAUUUAUUAAGUUUUUCUUUAUACAAUAUAUUAAUGACCUAACUGAUCUAUUAUCAGUGUUUAUUACCUUCACUGGGCACCUGUGGCUCAGUUGGUAGAGUUGGUUGUCUCCUGAAUGGAAGGUCUGGGGUUCGAUUCCAGAGCUGUCUCUAUGCCGAUAUGUAAUUUGGCAAGACACUUGACCCUGUCUACCCCUGCCGGCUGUGCCCAGUGUGUGAAAGAGUGAAUGUGACAUGUGAUGUAAAGCUCUUUGAAUGUUCAUAAGACUGGAGAAAGUGCUCUGUAAACCUAGUUCAUUUACCAUUAAUGUUUUACUUUUCUUUACUUGAGGGAUGUCUUUUCUGAAAACUGUCAAGACAAUUAGAAAAUCUAUCUUUGCAGAUCUGCACCCAGGAGAAGGCGAGGUCAAGUGUCAUUUAUUGAGGGUGUGUAUGUGUCUUCUGUAGGUGAUCAUUGAGAGGUAUAAAGGAGAAAAGCAGCUUCCCAUACUGGACAAGACCAAAUUCCUGGUGCCCGACCACGUCAACAUGAGCGAACUCAUCAAGAUUAUCAGGUAGACCUGAGUCUUUCUGCUUCACAGCCUUUUUCUUUAAUUUCUUUCUUCCCCCUUCAUGCCUAUUCUUGUGUCUAUUCUGUGUACCCCCUGAGAUACUUCAUAGUUUUGACCCGCUAUCCUUUACUCUUUAAUAUUUCUUCCUUUUCCUCAAAUCAUUGUUUUCAUUUUUACCUCCACCCCCUCUCCACUUUCUUCUCUAUUUCAUUUUCACUGUCUAUCCUUUCCUUUCUUGUCCAAUCUACCUUUUUUCUCCCUUCCUCUAAUGGGGCGCUCAUACCAAGCACGAGUAAAAUCAUCUCCUCGCUUAAUUUGCGCCAAUCUAGACACGUGAAUGAAUAGUAAUUACUUACUUCAUUUGUAUGUUUAUAGCCGUUUAUGCUAAUUUCAACGGUAAUCCCUGCCAAUUCAACCGUUGGGAUCAAGUGAUAGACAAAGGUUUUUUACAAUUUACCAGGUAAUCCGACCUCCUCACUCACCUGCCUCCAGGUGAGCUCCUUUUUAUUCUGGUUACGGUAAUUGAAAGAAAAGGUAUUGUAUAAUUUGGGGCACCCACACCCACACACCAACAUGAUCAGUUUGUCCUCCAUUUUAGAUACCAGUGAACAACCGUCCAUUUUCAUACUUCUUGCUAACUGGUUAUCGCAACGUGAAUGUCCGCCCAAAUUGUGACAUUUUAAGAUCCCACCCAAUUCGCGUCAUUCAUGCUGCCAGAUUAAUAGGAGCGUCUGAUCACGUCUUUGCAUUGACUUAACAUGUAAUUCAGUCACAGGAAUGAUCUUACCUGUGCUUGGUGUGUGGAGCCAGUUAGUCUCUUCAAUAUACUGUACAGCUCUCUCCUCACUCCUCUGCCAUCUUUCUUCUGUCCACCAGGAGGCGCCUCCAGCUAAACUCCAACCAGGCCUUCUUCCUGCUGGUCAAUGGCCAUAGUAUGGUGUCAGUGUCAGCUGCCAUCGCAGAGGUUUAUGAACGAGAGCGGGAUCAAGAUGGCUUCCUUUACAUGGUGUACGCCUCCCAGGAGACCUUUGGGGCUAUCAGGACCACUCAGUGA